AUGGUUUCUCUUGGUCCGGCCGUGCUUGGCCUCAGACGAGACGCCCGCAUCUUGAAGCUACCCCCCUACCUGUCCGCUCUCUGCAUCCUCGUCGGCGUUGUAUGGCUACUGCUGCUGCCACUGAACGACUACUCAAGGCAGACGUAUGUCUCCGAGAACGCCCUCCUGCCCGGCCAGGUUCACACGUACUUUGGGGGCAGUGAGCACAAUGUCUUCCGGGCGUAUAGGCAUGAGGUUCACAGCUUAGUGGAUAAGCCAAACGAAGAGCGGGUAACAAAGUUGCAAGAGAUAUUCCGGUCCGCUGGUCUCAAGGUCGCAACGCAGAAAUACGGAUACGAAAUCGGGGGAAGAUCAAUCAAGGGCGAGAAUGUGUACGCUGUGCUGCAAGGCCCCAGAGCAGAUGCCACGGAAGCGAUUGUCCUGGUAGCAGCAUGGAGGAACAUGAAUGGAGAGAUCAACCACAGCGGAGUCGCGCUUAUGCUCACACUCGCUCGGUAUUUCAAGAGGUGGUCGCUCUGGUCUAAAGACAUCAUAUUCCUAAUACCUCAGGACAGCACAGCUGGUCCGCAAGCGUGGGUCGACGCCUACCACGACGCACAGGCAGGGCCAGCCGUAGAACCUCUCUCGCUCAAGAGCGGCGCCCUCCAAGGGGCGAUCGCCGUCGACUAUCCCGCUGGACCGUGGGGUCACCGAUUUGAGAAGCUCCAUAUACACUACGACGGCAUUGACGGCCAGCUACCGAAUCUCGACCUCUUCAACACCGCCGUCUCCAUCGCCAGCGGCCAGACGGGCAUCGGCUGCACAAUCCAGCGCAUGUACAAACACGACGACAGCUACAAAGACCGGCUGCAAACCAUGCUCCGCGGCAUGGUAAACCAGGGCCUGGGCCACGCCACCGGUCCGCACAGCAGCUUCAUCCCGUACCACAUCGAUGCCAUCACGCUGCAAACAGUAGGGAGUGGUUGGCACGACGAGAUGACGCUGGGCAAGACCGUCGAAAGCCUGACUCGCAGCCUCAACAAUCUCCUCGAGCACCUGCACCAGAGCUUCUUCUUCUACCUGUUGAUGCAGGCGAACCGCUUCGUGAGCAUCGGCACCUACCUCCCCAGCGCCAUGCUGGUCGCCGCCAACUUCAGCAUCACGGCCAUUGCGCUGUGGGUGCAGAGCGGGCGGCCGCCGAAGCCUGCCGCCAAGCCCUUCUCCACGGACUCGAAAGACGAGGGCGUAGAGCCCGAGAUGACGCUCGUCAAAGAAGGCGACAUGACCGCCCUCGUCCCCGCCUCCGCCUUCGAGAUUGUGGAGCGCAAACUCUUCCUCCCUGUAGCCUUUGUCUGCGCGACCCACUUCCUUGGCCUCAUCCCGCUUUACCUGUUCAACCGCGUCUCCGAAAGCGCACUCUACCCAACCUUCUUCCUGACAGCACUCCUCACCCCCGCCCUCCCCCUCCUCGGCGCCUACCCCUUCGUGACCUCCCUCCGUCCCACACUCCAGCACCUGCACCUAAUCCAGUGCUUCUCCCUCCUCCUCCUCGGCCUCUUCCUCUCCGCCCUCGCAACGCUCAACUUUAGCCUUGCGUUCCUGGUCGGGCUCGCCGCCGCGCCCCUCUCCUUUGUGCGUCCGGUGCCCGGAAAGCCGCGGAUAGCGCUCGCGGCUGCCCUCGUCUUAAGCUUGGUCGGCCCGGGGCUGCUGCUGUGCGUGGUGGGGCGGCCGUGGUUGCCGAGUGAGGCUUUGGGAGGUCUGUUGAAGGGGGCGGUGGAGGCGUGGGCGGUGAAUCAUGCGUGGACGCUGCAGGUUGUCGUUUGGCUGGUGUGGUGGCCGGCGUGGGUUGAGGGGGCGGCUGUGCUGGCUGUUUCGGGGUUUGUGGAGGCGGAUUGA